GAGGAGGGCGGAUUCCCAUUGGCGGAUCUUGGACGUUUGGAGGCAAAGAAAGGAGGCGCGUCUCUGUCUGUCUGUGUCGGGCUCUGUUCAAGUGCCGCGAAGCCCCGCCCCUCUGUGGGCAUCCUUCCCGCGGCUGCCAUGUUAGGCCCGGGCGGAAGUCGAGCGAGGAAGGGAGGCCUCUUCCUAGAGAGGCUGAGGACGAGAGGGGGCGGGUGAGCGCACUUCCGGAGGAGAGAGUGAGCGAGACAAAGGAAGAAGAGGGCGGAGGAGGAGGUGAGGGUGAGGUAUUUACACCAUGCCCAUCUCGCCCCGAAGGGGACUCAGAGCGGCUUACAGAACCCACAAUGCUUGAUUAUACCAUCAACAAGGACAGACAACACAGACAGAGGUAACCUCUGAAUGAACCUUGAGAAGAACACUUUCCCCUCUUUUAACGUCUGAAAUGAAAGUACACAGCACUGACAAAAAGAAGAAAUAAGUUGGAGAAAUUAUAUUUCAAGCUACAUAACUGUGUAUUCAAGGAGGCAAGGAAGAUGUGUGCUGUAAGAAGAGGGGCUUCGUAAAGAGAAAUGAGGACUACAGCAAAACAAAAACUGUUUAGUAGUAAAUAAUUGGGAAUUUCUGGCAUAAUAUUUGAAUAAUAAAUGUUAAAGAAUGGAAAAUACUUUGUCAAAACCAAACACUAGGGAGAAGUUACAUUAUUGUGUUAAUUGUGGGAAAUGUUUCAUUGGAAGACAUUUACUUACUAAACAUCAACGAACUCACACAGGAGAGAAACCAUAUAAAUGUGUGGAAUGUGGAAAGAGCUUCAGUCAGAGUGGACAUCUGCAUACCCAUCAAAGGAUCCACACAGGGGAGAAGCCACAUAAAUGCCUGGAAUGUGGAAAGUGCUUCAGUCAGAGUGUCAAUCUACAUACCCAUCAAAGGACCCACACUGGGGAGAAGCCACAUAAAUGCGUGGAAUGUGGAAAGAGCUUCAGUCAGAGUGGACAUCUGCAUAUCCAUCAAAGGAUCCAUACCGGGGAGAAGCCACAUAAAUGCAUGGAAUGUGGAAAAAGCUUCAGUGAGAGAGGAAAGCUGCGUAUCCAUCAAAGGACCCACACAGGGGAGAAGCUACAUAAAUGCAUGGAAUGUGGAAAGAGCUUCAGUGAGAGUGGACAGCUGCGUAUCCAUCAAAGGACCCACACAGGAGAGAAGCCAUAUAAAUGCCUGGAAUGUGGAAAGAGCUUCAGUAUGAAUCAUCAUCUGCGUAUCCAUCAAAGGAUCCACACAGGGGAGAAGCCACAUAAAUGCAUGGAAUGUGGAAAGAGCUUCAUUCAGAGUGGAGAUCUCCAUACUCAUGAAAGGAUGCACACAGGAGAGAAGCCACAUAAAUGCAUGGAAUGCGGCAAGAGCUUCAGUAAGGGUGGACUUCUGCGUACCCAUCAAAGGAUCCACACAGGGGAGAAGCCACAUAAAUGCAUUGAAUGUGGAAAAAUUUUCAGUGAAAGUGGAACACUGCGUAUCCAUCAAAGGUCCCACACAGGAGAGAAGCCAUAUAAAUGCCUGGAAUGUGGAAAGAGCUUUAGUCAGAUUGGAGAUCUCCGUACCCAUCAAAGGACCCACACAGGGGAGAAACCGCACAAAUGUGUAGAAUGUGGAAAGAGCUUUCGUACAAGUGGACAUCUGCGUUCCCAUCUAAGGACCCACACAGGGGAGAAGCCUCAUAAAUGCAAGGAAUGUGGACAAAGCUUCAGUCAGAGUGAACAUCUACGUUCCCAUCAAAGGACCCAUACAGGAGAGAAGCCAUAUAAAUGCCUGGAAUGUGGAAAGAGCUUCAGUCAGAGUGGACAUCUGCAUUCCCAUCAAAGGAUCCAUACAGGAGAGAAGCCACAUAAAUGCCUGGAAUGUGGAAAGAGCUUCAGUCAGAGUGGACAUCUGCAUUCCCAUCAAAGGAUCCACACAGGGGAGAAGCCACAUAAAUGCAUGGAAUGUGGAAAAAUUUUCAGUGGGAGUGGAACGCUGCGUAUCCAUCAAAGGACCCACACAGGAGAGAAGCCAUAUAAAUGCAUGGAAUGUGGAAAGAGCUUCAGUACGUUUGAUCAUUUGCGUACCCAUGAAAGAAUCCACACAGGGGAGAAGCCACAUAAAUGCAUGGAAUGUGGAAAGAGCUUUAGUCAGAUUGGAGAUCUCCGUACCCAUCAAAGGACCCACACAGGGGAGAAGCCACAUAAAUGCAUGGAAUGUGGAAAGAACUUCAGUCAGAGUGGAAAUCUGCGUACCCAUCAAAGUAUUCACUCAGGGAAGAAGACACAUAAAUAAGAGAAAUGCAUAGAAGCCAGAAUGGAUGUCCAAAGAACUUCUAACUAGGCUACGACUCAAAAGAGACAUGAACAAGAAGUGGAAAAGGGGAGAAAUCACCAAAUUAUAGAACCAUAGAGUUGCAAGAGACGUCAUGGGGCAUCUAGUCCAACUCCUGCCAAGAAGCAGGACAUUGCAUUCAAAUCACCCCCAAGAGAUGGCCAUUCAGCCUGUUUAAAAGCAUCCAAAGAAGGAACCUCCACCACACUCAGUGGUAGAGAGUUCCACUGCUGAACAGCUCUCACAAUUAGGAAGUUCUUUCUCAUGAUCAGAUAGAAUCUCCCUUCCUGUAAUUUAAAGCCAUUGUUCUGCAUCCUAGUCUCCAGGGCAGCACAAAACAAGCUUGCUCCCUCCUCCCUAUGACUUCCCCUCACAUAUUUGUACAUGGUUAUCGACCCAGACAACUACUGUCCCACCAACCUCAUGUCGAUCCCAGCCAAAAUUCUGGGGAAAAAUCGUUAAGUUAGUGGUUCACAAACAUUUAGAAAGGAAUCUGGUCAUUGUUAAUGCUGUAGUCAGCAUGGAUUUCUCAUAAAUAAGUCAUGCCAGGCUAAUCUGAUUUCUUUUUUCGAUAGAGUUACAAGCUGGUUCGAUGCAAGGAACCCCAUGGAUGUAUCAUAUCUGGAUUUCAGUAAGGCUUUCGACAAGGUCCCUCAUGACCUUCUGGCAAACAAACUAGUCAAAUGUGUGCUAGGCAAACCUACAGUUAUUAUUAUUAUUUAUUCAUUUUUAUCCCUUUUUUCUCCUGUGGGUGGGAUUCAAAGAAUUUCUCCUGUGUGUGGGAUUCAUUAAGUUAGCUGACGACACCAAAGUGGGAGGGAUAGCUAACUCCAGAAGACAGGAGUAGAAUUCAAAAUGAUCUUGACAGAUUAGAAACUAACAAAAUGAAAUUCAACAGGGACAAAUGCAAGAUACUUCACUAAGGCAGAAAAAAUGAAAAGCAAAGAUACAGAAUGGGGGACGAUGCCUGGCUCGACAGCAGUACGUGUGAAAAAGACUUCGUGGACAACAAGUUAAACAUGAGCCAACAAUGUGAUGCGGUGGCGAAAAAAGCCACAUAAAUGGGAUUUUGGCUUGCAUCAAUAGGGGUAUAGCAUCUAGAUCCAGGGAAGUCCUGCUCCCCUCUAUUCUGCCUUGGUCAGACCACACCUGGAAUCACACUGUGUCCAAUUCUGGGCACCACAGUUGAAGGGAGAUGUUGACAAGCUGGAAAGUGUCCAGAGGAGGGCAACUAAAAUGAUUAAGGGUCUAGAGAACAAGCCCUAUGAGGAGCGGCUUAAAGAGCUGGACAUGUUUAGCCUGCAGAAGAGAAGGCUGAGAGGAGAUAUGAUAGCCAUGUACAAAUAUGUGAGGGGAAGUCAUAGGAGGAGGGAGGGAGCUUGUUUUCUGCUGCCCUGGAGACUACGGCUUCAAACUACAGGAAAGGAGAUUCCACCUGAACAUCAGGAAGAACUUCUUCACGGUGAGAAGGGCUGUUCGGCAGUGGAACUCUCUUCCCUGGACAGUGGUGGAGGCUCCUUCUUUGGAGGCUUUUAAGCAGAGGCUGGAUGGCCAUCUGUCGGGGGUGCUCUGAAUGAGUUUUUCCUGCUUCUUGCAGGGGGUUGGACUGGAUGGCCCAUGAGGUCUCUUCCAACCUUACGAUUCUAUGAGGCAUUCAACAUAAAAAAAUUCAUACAAGUAGAUACAAUCACAAUGCAUGGUCACUUAAAACAUCAUAUCCUGAUAGAAAAAAACCCCAAUUAACAUAUCAAAUAAAACAAUAUUUAAAAACGUACAGCAAACACCAUUUAAAGAUAUCCAUAACCUCUGGCCACUGAAGUUAUUUGUCAAAUAUUAUCAAAAUAUUUAUCAGACUGGCAGUGCCUAUUAUCAUUCAUCUGAGAAGGCCUGGCUCCACAGAAAGGUUUCAAUAACCCAUAGGAAUAGCAAAUGUAAAUAACAACUGCUCAAAAUAUUGCUGGAGAGGAUGCCAAGAAUCGGGAACAUACAUACAUAUGUGGUGGCUGUGUCAAUAUGUAAAUAAUUUCUGGGGAAAGGUAUUUAGAGAGAUAGAAGACAUAAUGAACAUUAAAGUAGAAAGAAGUCUUAAUAAUAAUAAUAAUAAUAAUAAUAAUAAACUUUAUUUAUACCCUGCCACCAUCUCCCCAACGGGGACUCGGGGCGGCUUACAUGGGGCCAUGCCCAGAACAAUACAAUAUAACAAAAUAUAAUAGAACAACAAAUCAUAGCACAUUAAACAACACAAUAAAAGAAAAUAUACACUACAUUAAACAAGAUCAAAGAACAAUAAAACCAAGGGCGGCAUGGCUUUGUUAUCAUUCUAUAAUAGUAAACAGUUGAAUAAAGAGGACAAAGAUGCAGAAACAAACUUAUUAAACCUUGCAAGAGUGCUUAUAGCAAAGAAUUGGAAAAGGGAAAUAAAUAUACAGGUAGAAGAAUGGUAUAAGGAAGUAUGGAAACUGGGAAGAAAUGAUAGGUUGAUAUGGAAAUUGAAAGUUAAACGAGGGAUAUGGAAACAAAGUGAUUGUGAUGAUGUCUGGAGAAAAUGUAUUGGAAGAGGAUUCAAAAAGAAAGAGGGAAAAUUACCUCCACAAGAGGGAAUAAAAUGGAAUUUUAGAGAGAUGAUAAAUAAAAGAAGUUUCUUGGGGGAGGGAACACGGUGGUGAGGGAAAGAAAAUAUGUAUAAGCGUGAAAAUAACAGUAGAUGCCAAAUGUUAAUGCAUUGUAGAUUGUAGUGACUAUUAUGUGGCUGCUGUAGAACAAAGGAUGUAUGAAAAAGUUUAAAAAUUAAUAAUAAAUAUUUGUAAUUGGUAUAAA